AUGACAUCUCGACUCGGCCUCGCCCUUUUGGCCCUAUGUGUACUUUGCUUAGUCAAUGCCAUGGAUUCUAGGCUAGUUUUUUUUCUAUUUAAUCAACUUUAAACAUCAUAAUUUUAUCAGUUUUCAUUAAAUCAUUGAGAUGAUUUGCAGGAAUUUCCGCGCGAAAAAGUGGUACUCAUGGAAUAAUGAGCUCGACAACAUCGCCGUAGCGAAAAAGUGGUGAGUGUGCAAGAUUUUUCAAUCUUUAAUUGACAAAUUUUUUUCCAAAUUCAAAACAAAUGACACGUGAAAAAGUUCUUGAAAACCUUAAAAAACCAACUUUGGGUCCCGUAACGAAAGAGGUGCACUUCUCUUAGGGUUACUGUACCUUCCAAAAACUCGCACGUUUUCAAUGUAGCAUUUUAUUAAGAAAAUAGUUGAAAAUUUGCCAGAACUCCUAAAUUAUUCUUGUUGAAAUAAACCUAUACUUUCUAAUAAAUUAAAUAAAUCCUCAAAAAUAAUGAUAAUUCGCUUAAUAUAAUUGAAAAUCAUUUUAUGCGGGUAUCGCAGCGAAAAGAAAACACUUCUCUUAGGAUUACUGUAGCUUCCAAAAACUCGCACGUUUUCAAUGUAGCAUUUUAUUAAGAAAAUGAGCGGAAAUUUCUCAAACUUUUUGAAUUAUUCUAGUUGAAAUUCGCUUGGAUAAUCCAGUGAAUUCGAUCAAUUCGCGAAAUUAGGAAUAACUUUCUUAAUACAAUUGAAAAUCAUUUUAUGCGGGUCUCGCAGCGAAAAAAGGUACACUCCUUUUUGCGGUUACUGUAGCACGCAAAAGUUGAAACGUUUUUUUCAAUAUCGCUUUUUUUAUUAAGAAAAUAAGCAGAACUUUCCGAAUUUUUUUCUGAAUUAUUCUUGUUGCAAUUCGCAUGGAUAAUCUAGGAAAUUCGAUCAAUUCGCAAAAAUUAGGGAUGAUUUUCUUAAUACAAUUGAAAAUCAUUUUAUGCGGGUCUCGCAGCGAAAAAGGUACACUCCUUUUGCGGUUACUGUAGCACGCAAAAGUUGAAACGUUUUUCAAUAUCGCUUUUUAUUAAGAAAAUAAGCAGAACUUUCCGAAUUUUUCUGAAUUAUUCUUGUUGCAAUUCGCAUGGAUAAUCUAGGAAAUUCGAUCAAUUCGCAAAAUUAGGGAUAAUUUUCUUAAUACAAUUGAAAAUCAUUUUAUGCGGGUCUCGCAGCGAAAAAGGUACACUCCUUUUUGCGGUUACUGUAGCACGCAAAAAGUUGAAACGUUUUUUUCAAUAUCGCUUUUUAUUAAGAAAAUAAGCAGAACUUUCCGAAUUUUUUUCUGAAUUAUUCUUGUUGCAAUUCGCAUGGAUAAUCUAGGAAAUUCGAUCAAUUCGCAAAAAUUAGGGAUAAUUUUUCUUAAUACAAUUGAAAAUCAUUUUAUGCGGGUCUCGCAGCGAAAACACAUUCAAUCACAAAGGGAUUCGAUAGCCGUCUUUUUUUCUUGCUUUUUUUUGUAGUUUUUUUACUAUUAUUUUAAUAAAAAUCAAGAGAAAAAAAGAAUAAAAAAAUUCAAGAUUAUGUAGCUUAGACCUUCUAGUAUUUCAGAAAAAUUUCCGGAAGGCGUCUAAGAACAGCAAUUUUUCAACUAGAGAAUGGUAAAAUCUCAAAACUUUGAUAGUUUUCGGAAAAUUGGUUAUAUCUAGUUCUAAAAAAUGAAAAAAGGAGUAUUAUAGGUUUUUAUAAUAUUUUAAUCUUUAAAUCUUGACAUUUUUUUCUCAGCGUUUUUCUCAGCGCAAACGCAACGCUUUUGAGCCAUUCCAAGUGCGACCAAAGCUUAUUAGAAAUUUUAAAGAGUUAUUUUCGGUUUGGUCUACUUCAAAGUUGAUAUUCCAUUAAUUUGAAUAAUAAGAAUAAUCUUUUUUUCUUGCCGAAUUAUCUUUUAUUUCUCAAAAAAAUCAAGAAAAAAAUUUUUCACUCCAAAAAGCUAUCUAUAUCUAAUUUAUCCAUAAAGUAAUAAUUUUUUUAAAUUUUUUUAGGUACGACUGGCAAAACGUGCCGAACGCGCUGAACCAAAAAGCGCAGCGACGAGUUGAUUUUCGGGGAGGAAAGGCCCUUCAACUGGGGCCUCCACCGACUUCGAUAGCUUUCUAA